AUGCCAUUGUCCAUCUACAACAAGUUGGGUUUAGGGGAGAUCAAGCCCACCACUAUAACUCUUCAAUUGGUAGAUAGAAGUCUUACAUAUCUUAGAGGCAUAGUGGAAGAUGUGCUUGUGGAAUUGGAUAAAUUCAUAUUUCCAAUUGACUUUAUAGUUUUUGACAUGGAGAAAGGUAGAGAGGUUCUUAUUAUACCUGGGAGACCUUUCUUACGCAUAACCAGAGCAUUCAUUGAUGUUGAAAAGGGAGAACUUACCUUGCGAGUACAAGAUCAAGAGGUAACAUUUAAUAUCUUUCAUGCUUUAAAAUUCACUAAAGAUCAUGAUGAGUGUUUUGUAGGUAGUGAGGUGGAUAGAGUCACGAGGGAAGUUUUCAUAGAAGCUCAUCCUAAUGAUCCACUUGAAGUAUCAUUCAUUUCUAAAGCUGAGCCUAUUAAUCAUGAAAUUGUAGAAUGUGUCAAUGCACUGAACGCUCGUUCUAGGGUAUUGGGAGCUAGGUUUGAAUUGUUAGAUUUGACUUCCCUUUCAUGCUCACCAGUGAAACCUUCAAUUGAGGUCCACUUGAAGUUAGAACUCAAACCACUUCUAAAACACUUAAGGUAUGCGUAUCUUAGAGACUCAUCUACUCUUCCAGGAAAAAAAGUUGCUGUGAGUUUUGAGAGAGCACAAAAAGGCAUUGGGGAGGUUCAUAGCAGAUAUCAAGGGGAUAAGCCUUUCCAUAUGCAUGCACAGAAUUUUGAUGGAGGAUAA